AUGAAUCCUAACAAACCUGGAAAGUUAAGGAUUGUCUGGGAUGCGGCCGCGACUUGCUACGGGAUCUCCUUAAAUUCCGUUCUGCUUAAAGGACCAGAUCAAUUAACGUCUCUCCUGUCAAUUCUGGUACGGUUUCGCGAAUUCCGAGUGGCCGUUUCUGGUGAUCUCCGUGAAAUGUUUCUUCAAGUUUUGAUGAGACCAGAGGAUCAGCAUUUGCUACGUUUCUUUUGGAAGACGAACGCUUCCGAUACAGCCCCAAAUACAUACGUUAUGCAAGUCACACCUUUCGGAACGUGCUGUUCUCCGAGCAUAGCCCAGUAUGUCAAAAACACUAAUGCGAGACGAUUUGAGCAGGAACUACCGGAAGCUUUGCACGCUAUCGUUUAUCAGCACUAUGUAGACGAUAUGCUGAUUAGCGCCGAAACAGAGGAACAAGCAGUACAGUUGGCAACGGACGUGAAGAUGAUCCACGAAGCCGGAGGAUUUGAAAUGCGUAACUGGGUUUCUAACUCACCAGCCGUAGUUACGGCAUUAAACGGAUAUGAAACCAAGGAAGUAAACCUGAGCAUCGGAGAAGCUAACGCCACUGAAAAAGUUUUGGGGAUGUGGUGGGAUACAACAGCGGACUGUUUCACAUACAAACUAUCUUCCCGCCUCGAUGUUGGCCUGCUGUCCGGGCCUAAAAGACCAACUAAGCGUGAAGUGUUGAGAACUUUAAUGAUGGUCUUCGACCCACUGGGAUUGAUCAGUCAUUUUCUGAUGUUUCUUCGAAACCUGUUGCAAGAAAUCUGGAGAGCAUCUAUCGGUUGGGACGACCCAAUUCACGACUGCCAUUUCGAAAAAUGGCCGACCUGGCUUCGAGUUCUUCCUCGUGUAGCGGAUAUUAAGAUUCCACGCUGUUAUCGGACAAUUACAUCUGCGAAAAAAGAAACCGUCGUUCAAAUGCACACGUUCGUGGACGCAAGCGAAUGCGGCUUCGCUGCCACCAUAUACCUUCGUUUCCAAGAGGGAGACACAGUUGAAACAGCAUUGGCUGGUGCGAAAACUCGGGUCGCACCAUUGAAGUUUCUUUCCAUACCUCGCUCCGAAUUGCAAGCAGCCGUUAUCGGAGUCAGGUUAGCAGAUUCUGUUCUGGGAUCACUCUCCAUCAAGAUCCAAAAACGUUAUUUUUGGACAGAUUCCAGAGAUGUCAUGUGUUGGUUGCAUUCCGAUCAUCGGCGCUACAGUCAAUACGUCGGCGUACGGAUCAGUGAGAUCUUAGAAUCAACCGACAUCCGGGAUUGGCGUUGGGUCCCUACAAAAUUGAACGUGGCGGACGACGGGACUAAAUGGAAAAAUACACCAGACCUAAGCAGCUCCAGUAGAUGGUUCCAUGGGCCUGGAUUUCUUCGUAAGGGUGAAGAAGAGUGGCCAGCACCCUCCCGGUCUAUUGAAGUCACUGACACAGAGCUCCGUCCACACCUACAACUUCAUAUCAAGUCUUCCGAGCCAAUCAUCAAAGUAAUCGGUUCACGGAAUAUAGUUCCUAAUACGAACGGACCGCUUACCAGCGCCGAGCUAACUAAAGCUGAAUGUUAUCUACACCAGAUAGCCCAAAGAAGCACCUACGAAGAGGAAAUCGCAAUCCUAUCCGUCAAGCAACAAACACCUACAAAAAAACUAAUUGCGAAAAGCAGUCCUUUGUUCCGGCUUUACCCGUUCGUGGAUGAAAUGGGAGUCCUAAGGAUUCGCGGGCGAACCAGCGCUUACCAAUUUAUCGACAGCAACGUUACUAAUCAUAUUAUUCUCCCUAGAGGACACUUCGUCACCAAGUUAAUCAUUUUGGACGUCCAUCAAAAAUUUUUGCACCAGAAUCAUGAGACCACCAUAAACGAGUUGAAACAACGCUACUACAUUUCCCGGCUAAAGGCUGUCUACAAAUCGGUUCGGAAUAGCUGCCAGACCUGUAAGAAUGAACGGGCUCGUCCGCAAGCACCGUUGAUGAACGACCUACCAUUGUCACGCCUUUCAGCCUAUAGCCGACCCUUUAGUCACAUGGGGGUAGAUUAUUUCGGGCCAAUGACGGUAUCCGUUGGCCGCCGAGUGGAGAAACGCUGGGGGGUUUUAGCCACUUGUUUGACUGUACGUGCUAUUCAUUUAGAACUCGCCAAUUCACUCAACGCUGACUCGUGUAUAUUGGCCUUACGCAACGUAAUGAACAGAAGGGGGGCACCAGUUGCCAUAUACAGCGACAGAGGAACAAAUUUUGUGGGAGCCAAUAAAGAGCUGAAAGCCGCACUGAAAGAGUUGAAUCAUCAUAAAAUCGCCGCAGAAUUUACCUCACCACAAACGAAGUGGAACUUCAUGCCUCCCAUGUCUCCUCAUAUGGGCGGAGCAUGGGAAAGAAUGAUUCGUACGGUCAAGCAGAACUUGCAGAAACUGCUUCCAAGUCGUCUACCGUCAGACGAAACGCUACGGAGCAUCCUGAUAGAGAUAGAAUUCAUCAUCAACUCGAAACCGUUAACUGAAAUCCCGUUAGACGACGAUCAGUCUCCUGUACUGACCCCAAAUCACUUCAUCUUCGGUUCUUCAAAUGGGAUGCUUCCGUGGACCUGCAUCGAUAACAGCCCUACCCGGUUGAAACAAAACUGGAGACUAUCACAGGCUGUAGCGAACCGGUUCUGGGUACAGUGGCUACGCGACUACCUUCCGACCCUUACCCGCAGGGCGAAAUGGUUCGUUCCAGUAAAACCAAUUGAAAUCAACGACAUAGUAGUCAUCGUCGACAGUAGGUUUCCUCGUAAUUACUGGCCAAAGGGGCGAGUAAUUGCCACGAACGUAGCUUCCGAUGGGCAAGUCAGGUGGGCUACGGUACAAACUGCUCAUGGAAUAUACGAGCGACCAGCUGUCAAGCUCGCGGUCGUAACAGGAAAUGGAGCUCCGGAGAGUCUUCGCUGCAUUGAAGGGGGGAGUGUUGGUAGCGCAACGUCGACCAGCGAGCUUAGUCCGUCCCUGUUAGAGUCGACUGCAGCAUUCCCUGAAUGA